GUUUUCUAAAUUAUUAUUAUUUUAUCGAUUUACAUUAUAUUUUGAACUGGUUUAACUUAAAACUGAUAUAAUUUACUAAUUUAUCAUAUUUAUUAUUUUAUUAAAUAUUAAUUUAUAGAGUUUUUAAUGUCAUGGUAAAAAUGUGUUUUCAAAAAAGGGUAAAAGAGAAAUAUUGGUUCUAGCAUCGGGAUUAAAAUGGAGCCGGCUAUUCUAGAAUCCGGACUAAAGCUGACCCAACCAUGCCUAUAGCGUGGUCAUCGUAUAUGAUAGAAAUGUGGUUAUAUUAUGUAACAUAUAAGUCGAGGAAAAUUAACCUAGUCUAGACUAUUCAAGUCAUAUACCGUAAAGGAGGAGGGCUUUUGACUUUGUAUUUAACUUUAUUGUCGCCACCACAAACCAAAUCAACAGUCAAAAGCCGUGAAGAAAACUUUAUACUAUAUCUUAUAAAUGUGAGCUUUCAUGCUGUGAAACCAAAGUAAGUUGAACAAUGUCUUCUUGCUCCUCUUGCAUCUUCCUUUUCCUUUUCUCCUUCCUCACUAGUUAUGGAGCUUCUGCUGAAAACCCUUUUUACCUAGACCUGUUUUGCCCGAAUACGACUAGAAACAGCACUUACUUCACCAAUAAUCGCGAAGCCGUCUUGUCCUCUCUCCGAAACGCUGCAUACUCCACCGAAUUCCAAAACGCAACGGCAGGACAAGCCCCCAACAAGGUCUACGGACUUUUCCUUUGCCGGGGAGACAUGACUCCAGAAGUUUGUCUUAACUGCGUAACGUAUGCCGUCAACCAAAUCUUAGCACGGUGUCCGAAUGGGAAUGUAGCCGUUAUCUACUACGAGGAGUGUAUCCUUAGAUACUCUCACAAGAAUAUUUUCUCUGUCCUUACACUCGAAGGAGGACAUAUCAGGAUGAACGGUUAUAAUAUUUCGUUGAACCAAGAAGUCCGUUUCCGAGAACAGGUGGCGUCCAUGUUGAACCGAGCAGCGUCCGAGGCAGCGAACAGUCCUAGAAAGUUCUACACGACACAGGCUAAUUUUUCCACAGUCCAGACUUUGUACGUCUUGGCUCAGUGCACUCCUGAUCUUACUACACGAGACUGUUUGACCUGUUUGCGAUCGUCCAUCAAGGGAAUGCCUCUUAACAGAUACGGAGGAAGACUUCUCUGGCCUAGUUGUAAUACAAGGUACGAGCUUAACAAAUUCUACAACGAAACCGCCAUUAGAACAUCUCCUCCACGAUUUGGUAAACUCCCUUCCUUUGUUUAUUUUCUUCCUCAAGAUUAGCAAUAUUCUUUUUAAUCCUUAUUUUAGCAAAUGAUACAUUAUUUAAUACACAGGGAAAGGCGGGAAUUCAAAUGUGUUAGUCGUAUCCGUCGUUGUGCCUAUAAUAGUGGUUGUUCUAAUUCUCGGAGCUUGUUAUUGCUUCCUUGCAAAGAGAGCAAAGAAGACUUCUGAUACUGCACCAGACUUUGAUGGUAAUGAUUCGAAUGUGCUAACAUUGGGUUAGAUUAAUUUGUUCGUUCUUUUUUUUUCUUUUUAUGAUUAGUAUAAUGAAUUUCAUUGUGCAACAGGAGAUGGGAUAACAACCAUAGAGUCGUUGCAACUUGAUUAUAGAACAAUCCAAGCUGCAACAGAUAAUUUUUCAGAAAAUAAUAAGAUUGGUCAAGGUGGAUUUGGUGAAGUUUACAAGGUACUAUAAUUACUUUUUUUUUUUUUAACUGCGCCUUGUGUCUAUUUUCUAUAUAAAUUUUGGAUAACAAGAUGAUGCUGAUGAAAAACGGAUAGGGUACAUUUUGGAAUGGGACUGAAGUUGCAGCGAAGAAACUGUCAAAAUCGUCAGGACAAGGUGACAUAGAGUUCAUGAACGAGGUUGUUGUUGUUGCAAAGCUUCAGCACAGAAACUUGGUUAGGCUUCUCGGAUUUUCUCUAAAUCGAAAAGAAAGGAUAUUGGUCUACGAGUAUGUGCCUAACAAAAGCCUUGAUUACUUCCUCUUUGGUCAGUUGAAUUUAUUACCUUUGUUUCAAUGAUUUGCGUUGCAAAUAUUUAGAAACUAACAUAAAUUCAUGGAUGUGUGU